AUGGUAGGAGGUGGGCCGCAAGUUCUUGAACAGCCGCCGCAGUCUUUGCCUCAACCCCUAUCUGCUGCAGAAGAGGAGGCUGUUAAGAGGAAUACAGACUGUGUUUACUUUCUUGCUUCGCCUUUGACUUGUAAAAAGGGAAGUGAAUGUGAAUAUCGCCAUAGUGAAUAUGCCCGGGUCAAUCCUAGGGAUUGCUGGUUCUGGUUGAAUGGUAACUGCUUGAAUCCAAAAUGUUCAUUCCGACAUCCACCUCUUGAUGGCUUGGUAGGAACUCCUCAUUCAACAACUCCGAGUUCCCAGAUUCCUUCUCAAACUUCAGCAAUUCCCUCCGCUCCUGUCAACUCGAGUAAACAAGCAGUCCCCUGCAUUUUUUUCCAGAAGGGUCUAUGUCUUAAAGGAGAUCGGUGUGCAUUCUUGCAUGGGCCUUCGCCCGUUCCAGCAAACAAAAUCCCUCAGAUGGCAGCAAAUGCCCAAGCUGGUGAGCCACCGAGUGUUAAGAAAGUUUCUGGUGGUACCCAAAGGAGCAGUCAAGAGCAGAAGAUUCCUCAAGCAAAUUUUUUGAAGUUAAUCGGUGGUUCAUCUGUUAAGCCUGCAAUGAAAGAUGUAACUGUGCUGUCAAAGAUUGGAAACAUCAAUGAGAAGAGUGGACCACCUGCUGAAGUGGCUGAUGGUGGUUCAAGGUACAAGGCUACAAAUUCUCUUCCAACUUUAAAUGAGUGUUCACUAAGUAGGGCCAAUCGACUGCAACAGAGUCAUGUAAUUGAUGAUCAUGGGUUACAGAAUGGUAAGGAUGCUGAUGAGUUUUUGAAGGAGUCGUCUCCUGGUUUUGAUGUUCUCGUUGACGAUGAACUGAGAGGCUCCGGUUAUUAUGGCAGUGAAGAACAGUAUGGGAGAACAAGAGGUCAUGAGGGAGGAAAUAUGAUUUCUAUGAAUGAUUAUGACAUCAGUCAUUCUGCUGAUUAUAAGAUAAUGGGUGAUGUUGAUCGUGAUGUUUAUAAUGACGUAACAGACUAUGACUAUGAAAGUAGGCAAGGGGGGCAGUAUGGUUGGGACCAACGUAGGACCUCGUCUGAUAAGCUGUCUUUGGGUUCUGCUCAGAUGGAAAGGAGGCUCUUCCGGAAAUCUAACAGUCCAGAACAUGUUCAGAAUGUGGAUUUACGUCACCGUUUAAACAAGCAGAGAAGGGGAAAUGGUUUGAGAUCUGUGAUCAAUAAUGAAAAUGCUGCUAGUCGCCCUGAAGAACGAAACUACCGCUUGGCUAGGAGAGAUUCUCACCCCUCUCAAGAAAGCACUGUGAGUAAUCGUCUCCGAGGUAGAAUAAAGCUCCCAAGAAUACCAUCUCCAGUUAGAAAUAGUAAUCUCCGCCCAGAAAGAGAUUUGAACCGGGGAAGGCCCUGGGGAAGAUCGUCACCGGGAAGGUCACAGUCCUUGUCUCAUCAGGGAAGCAAUAGAGAUGAAAUGAAAGGCAGACUAGAAGAAGAUUAUAACAAUGACCGUAGAACUUACAAUGGCCUUAAUUCUAGGAGGGAUAGAAUGGAUGGAACAUCUGACUUUGCUGCUCCAAAGAGUCUGGCUGAGCUAAAAGGCGACAAACACGUGGUUAGCAAGGAGCAACAAACCCUUGGUAAAAGAAAAGGCUUUGAUAACGAACAAUCUGGAGGCGAACUGUCGUUUGAAGGACCGAAGUCUCUCAGUGAGAUUCUUAAAAAGAAGAGACAAGUUAAAGCCGUUGUUGAUCUUCCUAUGAAUAAUGUUGAAAGAGAAAGCAGUGAAAGAUCAAUGGAACGCUCCACUACUCCCCCCUUGAAGCAAAGUGGUUUAUCAUCAACGGGUAAGCAGGAAGCAAAUAGUCUCGAUGGAAUCAAGUUUGCUCCAGCUGAAAGUUUUGUGCAAGAAGAGGAAAAUAUCGAUGUAUCUCAUCACCAUUCUUCUCAGCCCACACAUUCGACCGAGGACCACAGGAUUGAAGCUUAUGAUGAAGCAUUGGUGGAAGAGGACCAAGAGUAUGAAGGCGAUGAUCAAAGAGAUGAUGGUGAAUACGAGUAUGAACAAGUCGAUGAUGGGGAAUACAAUUAUGAAGAAGGCGAAAACAUAGAUCCUGAAGAAGAGUACAUGGAUGACGAAGAUGGUGAUGACUUCGCCAAGAAGAUCGGCGUUAUGUCAUGAUCACGGUCGCAAUCACAAGUUGUGAAAGAAAGCGCAGAUCACACAUGCUCUUGCUGUGAACAUUUUGUUUCUGAGGACUUGCGUAUGGUCAGUUCAAGAUUGAGCAUGUAUGUGAGCUGCCAUGGAUAAAAUCUUCUGGACCAACAGCAAAGUGGAAUUAAUUCCUCUUGUAUUAAUUAGAACCCUCCUUUAUUUUUAAUCAUUAAUUAUUUUUCCUGUUUUAAUUAUAUUUUAAUCCUGAUUUGAGUGGGAGAUCUUGGUUAUGCAUGAGGCAUUUAGUUGUGCUCUCCAGUUGAAACAAAGUAUAAGUAUGUUGCUGAGAGUGAAUGGUGUAACAGUAGAAAGUUAAAUAAGAUAAUUGAUAUUCUUAUCCCA